UUUUAGUGAACGUCUAUGUAUUUGGACAAUAUUGGACAAUGACACACACAACUCAGUUUUACUGAGUUUAACUAAAAUUACCAGCAUUAUCACAAUAAUCUGUACACUCUAUGUUUCCUACUGAUAUCAGUGACUAUUAGUUUUUGUCAAGAUUUUGCAGAGAAUUAAAAAUCUGACAGAAACUACUCUUGGUCUACAAUUAGCUCAGUUUUGUUAGUUUUCAUCAGUGGACGUAGAGUUACAACAGACAUUACAACAAAACAGUGGAUUUAUUGGAUUAUCAGUGAGAUAUUCAAUGUUAUAAUGUAUCUGAAAAUAUGAUUAGAUUCCACAGAGAUAUAGUCACCAAACUGUAUAAGUGAUGUUACAAUAGUAUUUGAUAAAAAAAAAAAAUUAAAGCUUACGAAAGAAUACAGUUAUAUGAGAGAGUAGGUUAGCAGAUAAUAUUGCUUACACUACUAACCUCCCCCAUGAACAUUAUUCCAAAGCAAACCUGUGGCUCAUCAAGACAGUGAGUCAGACUCUUAUAUUUAUCUUAAAUUUCAAUAAAGAAAACAACUACCAGAGUCACAUAAGGAAAAUAUUCCAGGAAAUACCCCAUCGUUUGGUUCCUUGGAAUUUAUUUCUGUGGGAACGUUGCAUUAACACCACUCUCACUGUAUCUCCAGUUACUGGCUUCAAAAUUGCAUAUUCCCAUAUACUGAAGUUUAGUUUAUUUACAUAAUGCUCCUUGUACCAUUUUGACUUCUAUGGCUGAAAAGAGAGCUACUGAAUAGAAUUCCUUAUGUGUAUGAUCAUUUCAGGUGUAGACAUGUUCAGGCAGGCUAAUUCUUGUCAGGACUUCUUUAAAACAUAAAAUUCAGGCUUACUGUAAAUAUAGCAAAAAGAAACUGAGUAGCAUACAUGCAUCAGAACAACGUCAUACCCAAAAGAAUAUUACAGGGACGCUAUGACACUGUGGAGGCUUAAUAUGAUUAAUAAAUGAGAAUGGAGUAAAUAAAAAUGCUUUGUCAAAACUCUCAAUAGCGAUCUUUAUUGAUAAUAACAUGACAUUUAGCUCAUGAGCCUUUAUUAGAUGUUGACCAUGACGAUGGGGGAUUUAUCAUUCAUCAUAUUUCAUAGAAUUUUGAUAUUAUUAUACACACUGAUAAAACCCACGGGACUUGGUCAAGUGGGACAGACUUCACCAUCUGACAGCGGGCUGCUGUACCUGCUAAACAACUUUUUCGAGGUUUCUCAUCAGUACUGAGUGGACGUGGGAGGGACGCGUUACCUUUGUCUGGAGCGCAAAAAUCCCCCAAAGCAUAAGGGCACAAUAAACCUGACAGGCGCGUGUUAGUGAGAUCUCACAUUAAAUCUGUCAGUGAGCCAUCUAUCAACUCUGGAUAACACAUAUAGGGCCACGAUCUCAACUGCCUGUUUAUCUGCAUAUCCGUGAACAAUCCAAAACCAAGACAAGAUGUCAAACUCGGGAGGUCGCAGACUGAAGCAGUGGCUGAUGGAGCAGAUCCAGAGCGGGCAAUACUCCGGACUCUUGUGGGAAGAUGACAGCCGCACUAUGUUCCGAAUUCCAUGGAAACACGCAGGGAAACAGGAUUACAACCAAGAAGUUGACGCGUCCAUUUUUAAGGCAUGGGCUGUGUUUAAAGGCAAGUUUAAGGAAGGGGACAAAGCUGAGCCUGCAACAUGGAAGACGAGGCUGCGCUGUGCCCUGAAUAAAAGUCCUGACUUUGAGGAGGUGACAGAAAGGUCGCAGCUGGACAUCUCUGAGCCCUAUAAAGUCUACCGAAUUGUACCUGAGGAAGAGCAGAAGAAUGGCAAAAGCUCAGUGAUGGCCAUGACAGCUACCACCAGCUCUGGUGAUACUACUGACAUGGACUGCAGCCCUGCAGAACUAGAGGAGUACAUUAAAGAGGAGGAAGGCUGUAGCAUCCAGGCCAGUCCAGAGUAUUGGUCCCAGGGCAGCAUCAAUGCUUUCCCAGUGCAUCAGGAGCCAUUGCCAUCAGGCACUCCCAGCUCAGCUUUCUCCCAGAUGAUGAUCAGUUUCUACUAUGGAGGAAAGCUGAUACAGAACACACCGGUAAUUCAUCCUGAAGGCUGCCGGAUCGCUCCGUGCCAACAGCACCUGGGUCGUGGCGCCCUCUACAGUUCAGACAGCAUGCAGAGUGUUUAUUUCCCCCCUGCUGAGGUCAUUGAGUAUGAGCGCCAGCGCCAUGUCACACACAAGCUUCUUGGCCACCUUGAGAGAGGUGUUCUGCUCCGUGCCAAUCAAGAAGGCAUCUUCAUCAAGAGGCUGUGCCAGAGCCGUGUCUUUUGGAGUGGGCUGGGUGAAGUGGGCUCACAGUAUGGCCCCAUGCCUUGUAAACUUGAGAGGGACGCUGUGGUCAAGAUUUUUGACACAGGAAGGUUUCUUCAAGCUCUUCAGCUAUACCAGGAGGGUCAGUUUCCAGCCCCUGAUCCAACAGUGAUUUUGUGUUUUGGAGAAGAGCUCCAUGAUCUCAACAAUGCCAAGAGCAAACUGAUAAUUGUGCAGAUUACUGUGGUGAAUUGUCAGCACCUGUUGGAGGCAGUGAACAUGCGCCGCCCCCAGCCCUUCUGCAAUAACCCCAACCUGGAGAUGUCUGAUGAGGUGGCCUCUGACCAGAUGGCCCGCAUCUACCAGGACUUGUGCAGCUAUAGCGGCCCCCAGAGGCCAGCCUGCUACAGGGACAACAUGCCCAUCACUGCCUGAACUGUGAGCAGUUACAAACCCGACAGGAGCUCCUCAGCAUGUUCUAAAGUGAAUGUACAAAAUAUUAGAGACAUUCCAUGUUUUUCUGUCAUACACUGACUGAAUCCAGGUAAAAACCAGUAUCACAGUUAGACUUUUAUAACAAUCACAGUGGAGACAUAAUGAUAAGGAGAAACAAAUCAGCCAGAGUAAGUAACUGUAAGUAAGUAAUAUUAGGAUGCCCCUAAUAUUUUGUAUAUCGGUACUUUUUAUAUUUUUAUAUGUAGCGCUAACACUGACUCUGUGUCUAAAGUCUGCUUUAUUAUUACAAUAGAGUGUUAUCGUCCAGCUCAAGAGAAAAAAGUGGCAUAUGCAAUAAGACUCAUUUAUUACACACAACUCCACUGUGGUGUAAAGCUUUAAGAACAUAUUCAACCACAUUACUUAACAAAUCUGAGAAACGUCUUUAAAUUUCUGUGAAACUUAUUAUUUUGAGUUGAUAAUGUAUUAUGGACAUCUUCUUUCUCAUCUAUAUCUUUAUAAACUCUUACUCAAAAGUUUAAUUGCAGUAUGUCAACUGACUAAUGUAUAAUAGGUAAUUUAGCUCUCAAAAUGGAAUUUUAUUUUUACAUACAAUUUUUUUUUCUUAACUGUUUUUUUUGCUAUUGAGUUACUUAUUUCUUAUAAGAUGACCAUUUUAAUUUUAGACCAAAUCAACAUAUUUUUCUAUUUUUUCAGUAAAUAAAACAAUAUUCAUACGAGUUGAUAAAAGAUAAGGGAUUUAAGAUGCAAUGUGGCAUUAUAUUAUCGAUAGGUUUUACUAUCAGACUGUUUUGCUUGACCUUUAUUUUCAUAAUUUUUUAUAACUGCAUUUCUAAUAAAAGUGAGUUUUUACUGAA